AUGGAGCUGGGCGGGGUGGUCAUGGACGCGGGCGGCGGCGCGGCGGAGCUCGGCCUGCUCGGCGGCGGAUCUAGCAGGCUGCUCAAGCACGGGCGGGGCAAUGCGGCGGGCGAGGAGCACGGGUGGGGCGGCAGCGGCAGGGCGGCCAAGCAGGCCAGGACGACCGCGGACGUGGCGGAGGCGGCCAAGGCGGCGGUCGCGCCGUUCCUGCUGGGGUCGUGCAGCCCCGGCCACGGCGGGGAGCAGAUGCUCAGCUUCUCGUCCGCGCCCGCGUCCUCGUGCGCCUCCACCGCCGCCGUCGCCGCUGCGGCAGCGGCCGUGGCGGCUGACGGGGCGAUGCCGCUCUACUACGGCACCCCGGCUUCUUGCUCAGGAUUGAGCUCAGUGAGCUUGAGCAGCAGCAUGCAGGGGGCCAUGGCCCGGGUGAGGGGCCCCUUCACGCCGUCCCAGUGGAUCGAGCUGGAGCACCAGGCCCUGAUCUACAAGUACCUGGCUGCCAAUAUCCCCAUACCUCACAGCCUCCUCGUCCCCAUCAGGAGGAGCCUCGCGUCGUCUCCCUACCCACCUUCCUACUUCGGCACGAGCACAUUGGGGUGGGGGUCUUUCCAGCUGGGCUACUCCGGCAAUGCGGAUCUGGAGCCCGGGCGGUGCCGCCGGACGGACGGCAAGAAAUGGCGGUGCUCCAGGGACGCGGUCGCCGACCAGAAGUACUGCGAGCGACACAUGAACCGGGGACGCCAUCGUUCAAGAAAGCAUGUGGAAGGCCAGCCUGGCCAUGCCGCGAAAGCGAUGUCCGCGGCGGUGGCGGCUGCCGCUGCCACCCAACCUGCUGCUCUGGCUGCCUCCGGCGCCGGAGCUACUGCCGCUGGCCUCACUGUCAGUCAGCACCAGCAGCCGGUGAAGAGCUAUGCCGCGGGUGCGACUGAUCCUUGCUCUCUGCAAUAUAACAGGGAACUGGUGAACAAACAGAAUGAGAGCGAUAACAUGCAGGACUCCGACAAUCUCUCCAUGCUGACUUCUAUGAGCACAAGAAACCCUGGCAGCCUGUUUCCAUUCUCAAAACAAAAUAAUCCUUUCGAAGUGACCAGCUCAAGACCAGAGUUUGGCCUUGUCUCAUCAGAUUCACUGAUGAGCUCUCCUCAUAGCUCCUUGGAGAAUGUCAAUCUGCUCAGCUCACAAAGUCUGAAUGAAAACCAGAGUUCAGCUUCCCUGCAACAUUUUGUGGAUUGGCCAAGGACACCUGCCCAGGGAGGUCUUUCAUGGCCCGACGCUGAAGACAUGCAAGCUCAGAGAUCACAGCUCUCAGUAUCUGCUCCAAUGGCAUCUUCUGAGCUAUCUUCAGCUUCCACAUCUCCGAUUCAUGAGAAGCUAAUGUUGUCACCACUUAAGCUGAGCCGCGAGUAUAGUCCUAUUGGGCUAAGCAUUGCAGCAAGCAGAGAUGAAGUUAGCCAGUUAGAAGCAAACUGGGCGACGAUGUUCCGCGAUUCUUCGAUGGGCGGGCCAUUGGGGGAGGUCUUAACCAAGAACGGUAACGCUGAAGCAAAGAACUGCCUGUCGGCACCUCUGAACCUUCUAACGGACUUCUGGGAUUCAAGCCCCGGGAUGGAGUCAUCCCCAGUGGGAGUUCUGCAGAAGACCACCUUCGGAUCAGUCUCCAGCAGCACUGGAAGCAGCCCCAGGAUGGAGAACCACGGUGCUUAUGAUGGUAUCAGCAACCUGCGGGAUGAUCUCGGUUCAAUUGUAGUGAGCCAUCCGAACAUCCGCCUACUGUGAGCUUCUGAGUUCUGACCGUGAAAAUCUGCAACAAGAGGAAGGCAUAUGGAAACAGAUGAGCCAGCUUUGGCAUGUUACAUAUCGAUAAUCCAUGAUCUUGAGAGCCAGCAUUUACCUCAUAGUCUGUCAUUUGAGACUGAUCACCAGCUGCUUUUGCCAUUUUCAGCUCUCCUUUCUUUUUUUCCCCUUUCUCUUUUUAACUUGGCUUUGUAAGUUGUAACUUUCACCUUCCUCGGAUCGUGAAGUGCUGCAAUGUGUGGUGUGGAUGGACUUGGUGCGCCGUUGUUGCAUCUCAUCUGAUAAUACUCAGUAUGCGAUCGUAGUUGCCAGUCGUAGAUUAAUGCGAUUAUCGUCUUGAUUGUUCAUACUGCUAAUUGCUAAAUGUCUGUGUGCUCAUUGUUGUAUCGACAUAUCGUUCAGUUA